AUGGACUUAGAAGACGAGCCGUUGUUAUUCCAGAGCAGCUGGGAUGCUGAGGAGGAAGAGGAGCAGGUGGAGGAGGAUGGGGAGUCAGAUACACAGAUUAAUGGGGGGAGCAGCGCCACUGGAGGCAGCGUAGUCUGGGGGGCAGUGGGCUGGGUCUACACACAGCCCUGGGUGAGUGGGGUGGUCCUGGGAGUUGGAGUCUUUCUUCCCUGUGCCCUCUCUGCCUACAUGUUCCUAUACUGCCCCCCAUUGGACAUAGACCUUUCCUACAGUGCCUUUGAGGUUCACAGCCACUUCUCCGCUGAGCGGUUUGAUGCACUCACCAUUGCCAUAAAGACUCAGUUGGGGUCCUUGGACAGACGCAGGCGUGACGUGGACCACUAUGACUCCACUGCUCUACAGGAGCUGCUGUUGGACAGACUGGGUAGGCAGGAAGAUGGAGCAUUCACUUGGACAUCACAUGGAGAGCUGAACACGAAAUCUCUGAAAAACCACACGUCCAAAAGAGUAGUUAUGCAACAGAGAGGAGUUGCCCUGAGUCAGCAAGAGACUGAGAGGCAUAGAGAGGCAAGGGCUGGUAAAGCAGAGUUAAGAGAGGAGGAUAAAAAUACAACUAACUUAGGAAAACCUGAGAGUCGUGAGUCCAAAGGGGAAGAAAGCGACAGGCACAGUGAGAGAUCUCGGACUAGGAUGCACAGGUUUGCUCCCAACUACUCAUACCUGCAGAGCCAAGCCCUGUGGAGGAUGGAGCUGGUGUUUGUAGCUCAGGGUGGGGACAACAACAUCUUCACCCCAGAGCGUCUCCGCACCAUCCACCACAUAGAGCACCUGCUCAUGCAGCAUCCCCAGUUCCAGCAGUUCUGUUGGAAACCUCUGGAGGUCCUGAGAGACCUGCCACUGGGCCCCUCCUACUGCUCCCCUCCAAGCUCCCUCCUCUCCUACCUCUUCCCCAGUGAACGUGGAGGCAGGAUCUACUAUGAUGGUAUGGGACCUGACCUGGCUGACAUCCAUGGUGAGUCUGAGGUUAAUAAAACUUGGCAUUAAUGUAGUUACAGUCCAGUGGUGGUCAGUGCUGUUUAAGAUGAGGGAGGACGUUUUUCUUUUUUCAUGAGCAUGGCCUUAUUUCUAUUACAGCAUAUUGGAUGACUGUCAUUCAUAUUCCAUUCACCCAGUUCAAUGUAAGAGCGAUAGGUUUAGGCUACUACAUGAUACUAGACUUUUCCCUAUAUCCAUCAUGAGGUUGCUACAACCUAGCCAAUGAAUGAAAGUUUACAACGUAGGUGCACACAGGUUGAGCUGAUAUACAGUAGGGUGUAAUCAUUAGUCCAACAGUUGCAAAUGAGAGUUUCUAUUGGACAAAUUCAGGUAUGUUUAUCCCCGUUUUGUUUUUUUUGCUUCCAUUUAAACCUUUUUCAACAGAAUCGGCAGGAUGAAUACACCCCUGAUCACGCGUAAACACAGUUCACUUUCAUAGCAGCCACAUUGUAUUCCUUCUCGCAUCUAUGUGCUCUCCUCUCACCUUGUCCCUUCGCUUGUGGACUUCAAUGCACAACACAUCAGCUGUAUGUGACCAGGCGAAAAACCUUUCCAAGCCAAACCAUAUCAUAACCGCUACACACAGCCUACAUCGUUGACACCAUAUUAGAUAAAGUAACGUCAUAAUCAACAUAGCUAAUAGAACUAACACGUUAGUAAACCCGCUACAAUCAUGCAGUAACAUUACAGUGUACAGUCAGUAAGCAGUUUAGCACUUACACCGGCGGGCCCCGGAGGCAAUAAAUUAGUAAAACCAAAAGCUUACCUUGACUUGGAAGAGUUCCAGUGUUGUGUUGGAUAGUCAUAGCCAGCUAGCUAAUAUAGCAUCCCUCUGUCUGAGCAGGGUGUUUGAGUAGCUGCAUUAGCUAGCUAAGUAAGUGAAACUGAAAGUGAAAUAAAGACAAUCUCUCUCUCUAUCUCUCUCUUGCUUCUCCUUCAUUUUGGAAGAAAUUAAUUUAUUAAAAACUGUUCAACUAUUGUCUUUCUCUCUCUUUGAGUCAACUACUAACAACAUGUUAUGCACUGCAGUGCUAGCUAGCUGUAGCUUAUGCUUUCAGUACUAGAUUCAUUCUCUGAUCCUUUGAUUGGGUGGACAACGUCAGUUCAUGCUGCAAGAGCUCUGAUAGGUUGGAGGACGUCCUCCAGAAGUUGUCAUAAUUACUGUGUAAGUUUAUGGAACCAUGUGCCUCCUAGGUUUUGUAUUGAAGUCAGUGUACCCAGAGGAGGACGGAAGCUAGCUGUCCUCCGGCUACAGCAUGGUGCUACCCUACAGAGUACUGUUGAGGCUACUGUAGACCUUCAUUGCAAAAUAGUGUGUUUUAAUGUAUUAUUUGGUGACGUGAUUAUAUUUAGUAUAGUUUUGUCUAAAAACGAUUAUUAUCACUGAGGAGGAUGAUCCUCCCCUUCCUCCUCUGAGGAGCCUCCACUGGUACAGUCACUGCUCUGCAGGAAUAAGUAGGGAGCUCGUCUUUCAUUUUAAUACGGGAGAUCAAUCGUAACAUCAAAGGGAGCAGGCAGUGACUACCACUUUGAUCUUCACUUGUGUUUCUGCUCCCAGGUGCUCUGAGUCUAGCGAUCACCCACCCACAGUUCUACUGGUAUGUGGAUGAGAGUCUGGCCCCUGACCGACUCUCCUCCUCUCUCCUGCGCAGUGAGAUCCAAUUCGGAGCUCCGCUGCCCUCAUACUACUCCCUCCAAGACCGGCCUGAGGAGCAGAGGCAGCGCUUCAGGAACUUUGUAGUUCAGUACGCUGACAUCCUGGCUCAGCAGUCCACCAGGUGGGCUAUGGCUUAUGGGCCCUCUGUCAAUGCUGAUGGUACGCUGUGUGCUGUGUAAACUCUAAAAGAACCACAUUAUAAAAAACAAAUGAGCCAUGGAUAUUGAGAUUAACUGAUGUUGAUUUUAAUUUCCCUCAAGACUUGACUUUGUAAAUAUUGUCUCCGAUUUCCAAUUGUAAUUAAGCACAUCAAAAGAGUCCCUCCUUUCACGACACCCACACAGAAUUCUAUCAUUCCCUCUUUCUGACUACGAGUGUCUCUCUGGGUUUGUGUGAUGCCAGCCAGGUGAAGGUGUUGUAUGGGGGCACAGAACUGUUUGAUAACGAGGUGAGACAGACCUUCCACAGAGACAUGUUGCUGGCGCUGAUCAGUGGGGGCUGCAUCACUCUACUGGUCUAUGUCCUUACCUCCUUCUCAGGUAAGGUCCCAUGCACUCUCUCACCUGCAUUGGAUAUUACAUGCAUGUUAUUCUAACAUUUACUAUAUUUCAUUUGCUGUCAUACAUACAGUGGGGAAAAAAAGUAUUUAGUCAGCCACCAAUUGUGCAAGUUCUCCCACUUAAAAAGAUGAGAGAGGCCUGUAAUUUUCAUCAUAGGUACACGUCAACUAUGACAGACAAAUUGAGAGAAAAAAAAUCCAGAAAAUCACAUUGUAGGAUUUUUAAUGAAUUUAUUUGCAAAUUAUGGUGGAAAAUAAGUAUUUGGUCAAUAACAAAAGUUUCUCAAUACUUUGUUAUAUACCCUUUGUUGGCAAUGACACAGGUCAAACGUUUUCUGUAAGUCUUCACAAGGUUUUCACACACUGUUGCUGGUAUUUUGGCCCAUUCCUCCAUGCAGAUCUCCUCUAGAGCAGUGAUGUUUUGGGGCUGUCGCUGGGCAACACGGACUUUCAACUCCCUCCAAAGAUUUUCUAUGGGGUUGAGAUCUGGAGACUGGCUAGGCCACUCCAGGACCUUGAAAUGCUUCUUACGAAGCCACUCCUUCGUUGACCGGGCGGUGUGUUUGGGAUCAUUGUCAUGCUGAAAGACCCAGCCACGUUUCAUCUUCAAUGCCCUUGCUGAUGGAAGGAGGUUUUCACUCAAAAUCUCACGAUACAUGGCCCCAUUCAUUCUUUCCUUUACACGGAUCAGUCGUCCUGGUCCCUUUGCAGAAAAACAGCCCCAAAGCAUGAUGUUUCCACCCCCAUGCUUCACAGUAGGUAUGGUGUUCUUUGGAUGCAACUCAGCAUUCUUUGUCCUCCAAACACGACGAGUUGAGUUUUUACCAUCUGACCAUAUGACAGUCUCCCAAUCCUCUUCUGGAUCAUCCAAAUGCACUCUAGCAAACUUCAGACGGGCCUGGACAUGUACUGGCUUAAGCAGGGGGCCACGUCUUGCACUGCAGGAUUUGAGUACCUGGCGGCAUAGUUUGUUACUGAUGGUAGGCUUUGUUACUUUGGUCCCAGCUCUCUGCAGGUCAUUCACUAGGUCCCCCCGUGUGGUUCUGGGAUUUUUGCUCACCGUUCUUGUGAUCAUUUUGACCCCACGGGGUGAGAUCUUGCGUGGAGCCCCAGAUCGAGAAAGAUUAUCAGUGGUCUUGUAUGUCUUCCAUUUCCUAAUAAUUGCUCCCACAGUUGAUUUCAUCAAACCAAGCUGCUUACCUAUUGCAGAUUCAGUCUUCCCAGCCUGGUGCAGGUCUACAAUUUUGUUUCUGGUGUCCUUUGACAGCUCUUUGGUCUUGGCCAUAGUGGAGUUUGGAGUGUGACUGUUUGAGGUUGUGGACAGGUGUCUUUUAUACUGAUAACAAGUUCAAACAGGUGCCAUUAAUACAGGUAACGAGUGGAGGACAGAGGAGCCUCUUAAAGAAGAAGUUACAGGUCUGUGAGAGCCAGAAAUCUUGCUUGUUUGUAGGUGACCAAAUACUUAUUUUCCACCAUAAUUUGCAAAUAAAUUCAUUAAAAAUCCUACAAUGUGAUUUUCUGGAUUUUUUUUCUCUCAAUUUGUCUGUCAUAGUUGACGUGUACCUAUGAUGAAAAUUACAGGCCUCUCUCAUCUUUUUAAGUGGGAGAACUUGCACAAUUGGUGGCUGACUAAAUACUUUUUUUCCCCACUGUAGUAUCUGAAAAAAGCUAGCAUAAGUAUCUUAUUCUUAGAAUUUUGAUACCACAUACAAGACUUGUAGCAUGAGGUCUCCCACUCAGUCACUUUGUUGUGUCUACAGUGUUCCUGACAUUCUUUGGGCUCACUAGCAUUGGUCUGAGCUGCCUGGUGGCUCUCUUCCUCUACCAUGUGGUCUUUGGGGUGAGAUACCUUGGCAUCCUCAAUGGAGUUGCAGCCUUUGUGAUCAUUGGCAUUGGUUAGUGACAAUAUAUAAAUAUACUCUAUAAUUUCUCUCAUGGUCAAACUGGUAACAGGUAACAUGCCACUCUUUAUUCUGUUUCCCCUCUUACUGUUCUCCAGGUGUGGAUGAUGUGUUUGUGUUCAUCAGUACCUUCAGACAGGCUUCCCACUUGGUCCACCCGGUGCAGAGGAUGAUGUACACGGUAAAAACUGCCGGCCGAGCCACCUUCCUCACCUCCUUCACCACCGCAGCUGCCUACGCUGCCAACACCUUCUCACAGGUACUCAGAGAUAUUGUCAGUCCACAUCACAUUAUCCUUCCAAAGGGAAUGAAUGGCUGUGAGGUGGAACUGUUUGUAUAUGUAUCAAUAUGAAAAGUACAAUGUACAUUUAUUGCGAUAUUGAGGUCUUUUAUCCUUACAAACAGAUUCCGGCAGUGCAUGACUUUGGCCUGUUCAUGGCCCUCAUCGUCAGCUGCUGCUGGCUCUGGGUGUCCAUCCUCAUGCCCGCUGCCCUGUGUAUCUGGACCCAGUGUGUUGAUCCCCAGGAGAAUGCCUGUCUCAAAUGGUGUGAUUCCAACUUUCCUCCGUUUUUUUCUACAGAACAGAGUUCUUAUUGUUGUGGUGCUUGCCUUUUCAUUCUGUUUUCCUAUUAUGAACAAAGUGAGGUUCUAAAGCUGCAUCUCUCAGAUACACUUUAUCUUAAAGGUGGAAAGCACUUACAGGACUGUCAGUGAGUCACAGUCCUUUGUCAGAUGAGGAUGAAGAUGUGGCCCUCCUGUCGGUGGAGAUGGAGCCAGGUGAGAUACUGAUCUGGACAGAGCUGGAUAAAUGAAGGGCAGAAGAAUGAAAGGUAAAUGAGUCCUGACACUAUUCACCCCCUCUUUCUGUCUCACCCUGUCUCAUCCAGGCUCCUGUGACACAGAUGUAGAUGCAGCCAUUUUGUCCCUGUCAGUGGAGACCUCGCUCUCACCCCCAGGGCGGGGGACUGCAGGCGUGGUUGGCGCUAACCUUCAGUGGGCUCUGAGGCACUGGGUGGCAGAGCCAGCCGUGGAGAAACGCAAAGUAAUUCUAGGUAAGGGCUAUGUCUGUCUUCAGGGGCUGGGAGGACCACAUCUCAUGAUGCCCAUAUGCUUUUUUCAACUUAAGUGUUUUGUAUUGCCUAUCCCUGGCUCUUCCUCACAGAAAAUCAAUUUUAUCGUAUGCCUCUCCCCUCAGUGAUCUACGCCAUCUGAACUGCCUCUCUUACAGGCCAGUCUUUGUCUUGCUGCCCAUAGGCAUCUACAUCCUGGUCCUGCUGCUGUCUGCUGGCUGCUGCUGCCUCCUGCGGCCAGCCACUCAUGCCCCGUUACUGUUUCGUCCAGACACCAACCUCCAGACUCUACUGGGACUGAGGAACAACCUCAGUGCCCAGGGCAUCUCCUGCCACAUGUGCUCUGGUGAGACGUCACCAUCAAUCUGUGUGAUGGAACCCAGAUGGGUGUAAAGUAAACCAAUUCCACUACUUUAAACCCAAAUUAACUUUAAACCCAUGUCCUGCAACUGUCUGGUUGUAAAUGUUUUUAUAUGACAUAGUACAAUUCAUUUUAAACUGGGAUAUUAAUUUACAGUCGACUCCUGAUAAGAGCUGACUCAAUUACAUUAUUUUUCUUCCUACGGGUAUUUGCAUGCUCCAGUUCAGUGCCCACAUUCACAACACUCCCAGGCCAUUGCAUAUAUCAGGAUAUUAAGGGCAGCCAAGCAUUUGGCAUUGAUUUGAAGUGUCGAAUCGAAGUGUCCUAUUUCCUGCAGGUCUCUUCAUGGAGAAACCUCAUCUUCUGCACAGCUCUACCCAUACUACCCCCUCCAUGCCUGGGUUUCACCCUCAGCACCAUACACAAAGCCCUUCAAACUCAACUCUACAGAGCCCAAUCAAACCAAGCACUUCCACCAUCACAACAGGUACUGGAUAAAAUGUUAUUAUAUAUCCAAAGAGGAUCCACAUGAAUAUAUCUGUGUCAAUGUGUGCCUCUUUUUCUCUACUGCUAAUACUACCACUCACUGUAUCCGUUCAUGACAGGGCCUCUGCUGACAGUGUAUGUCUCUAAGCUGGAUGUGGGUGCUUCUAUCACUCUGUACCGCUUCUCUCUGAAUACCAGCGUGCCAUCGCCCUGGAAAAGCCUCAGUGUCGGGCAUGGAGAAGUUCCAUCCUUUAAGGUUAGGAGACCCUCAAAUAAAAACACAUUAUUACUGGGUUAUGAUCUAAUAUCUCACCUCUGAUAACCAACUCCAUCAUAUACUUAGUAUAACUUCUGGUGUCUCUAAACAGGCAUACAGUGGACCUCACAACAACUUCAGCAACCGCAUGACUGUGUGUGUGUCCCGUGUCUACCACCCCCACCCUCGCUGGAUGAUCACUUCCCAGUCAUGUGACCCACGCCACGGCUGGAGGUCAGAGUUCAGCUUCUAUGUGGCAUCGGCUGAGCAGCAGCACAGCAGGUAAGAGGAAUGUCGAGGGACAGAUGAUGGCGGAAUAGUGAAUUAGUCAGUCAGUCAAGCUAUUUGUGGGCAAGUUGUUGACAGAGCUCCUUGUGCCUCCCAGGAGGCUAUACUUUGCCCAGCACAAGCUGAGUCCUCAUCCCAGCCGAGUGUGUGCAGAACCACCUGGCUGUGUGAUCAGCUCCGGGCCUGACGGACCUACACAGGGCUCUUUCUACACUCCACUCCCCACAGGUAAGAGAGGGAGAACACCUGGAGCCAGAAGAUAUCAGGGAACUGCAUAAAUACGCAUUGGUUUAAAAUUAAAGCAUGUACUAUGAAUGUUUGCCUAUGAAUGUGAGGGAGUUACUUUUUUCCUCAUUUCUACCUUAUAUCAAAGAUUCCACCUCACCCAAAAGGUCCAAGACUUCUGGUUUUAACCCCUGUAGUGGAGGUGGCUGUGGCCAGCCAGCAGUCCGUCCUCUGGUUGACACUGGUGCGAUGGUGUUUGUGGUUUUCGGAAUACUUGGAGUCAACCGCACCCAACGCACAGACAACCACGUCAUUGGGGACAUGGUGAGGGGCCAACUGCAUGACAAUAAAGAUAUAAGGUGUAAUUCAAUAAUCAAUACUGUUUUAGUGGUAUUGAUUUGCUCUAAAUUAUCUCCAAAGGGCAGUGUGAUAUUGGAUCCAAACUUUGAUAUCUUCCAAGAGAUUGGACACCUCUGCCAAAUCUGUAAAGCUAUCAGUGCUAAUAAACAGCUUGUGAAGCCGGGAGGAGCCCAAUGUCUACCCUCAGGUACCAACUGCACAGACACACAGUCUAACACAUCUAACAGCACACAUAUACAAACCAUGUUUGAUAUGAGUUACAUGUAUUCUCUCUCGUACUCUCUCUCUCUCUCUCUCUCUCUCUCUCCCCCUCAGGCAACAAGCUUUCUUCUAUCCUGCCCUUACUCAACCCAGACUGCCACUCCCUCCCUGAGCCCAACCUGCUGCCAGGCCAGCUGUCCCAUGGAGUCGUGGGGACGCAUGGUGGCAGAGUAAGCUGGCUCUCCAUGGCCUUUGAGUCUGUAAGUACGACGGUUGUCCAUGGUGUAUACUACCACUUCUAAUGUAAUGUUAUGUUGUAGCCCAGUCCAGAUCUGUGCCAGAAACUGAGCCCAUGUCUUUUUCAUCUGUCUGUUCCCAAGACCACCUACAAGGGGAAAUCGUCUUUCCAGACUCACUCAGACUUCCUCCAAUGGGAGACCUUCCUACAAGAGCAGCUUUCGACUCUCCCAGAGUCCUCUGCUCUACGGAGAGGUUUCCAGACCUGUGAGCACUGGAAGCAGAUCUUUAUGGAAAUCAUAGGCAAGUGGAGAGGCCGGAGGACACAGUUGUUCCAUUCCUAAGGCACAAUUAAUAAAUGUUUCAUUUUUUCGACUACCUGUCGCGCAGCUAAUAAAUAUGUAUCUAAAAUAUUAUUAUUUCAGUCCUUCUGGGAAUGUAACCUUCCUGUGCUGACUGACUUUUCUGUAGGUGUCGAGAGCGCCCUCUGCAGUCUGCUCCUGUCCCUGGCCAUCUGUGUGGCAGCUGUGUCUGUUUUCACUGCCCAUCCGCUUCUGCUGCUGCCAAUACUGCUCACCAUCCUGGGUAAGACACUGCUGAUCAAGCCUUUGUUAUCUGAUAGGCCCACUGUGCAUAGACUGCAGAGAAAAGUAUCCAAUAAUAAGAUAUGAUGCAGUAUUGAUAUGAAGUGUUAUUGGGAAUAAUGUAAGAGGAAGUCACUAACUGUUGUACUGUACAUACUGUAUUUUCUGUGGUUUUAGCCUUGGGAGGGUUAGGGGUCAUCUGUCUGUCAGUGUGUGACUGAUCUCCUGACCAAAUACAGGGGUCAUCUGUCUGGUGGUGGCCAUCAUGUACUGGCUGGGCUGGGAGUUGGGGGCCGUGGAGGCCAUCUCUCUGUCCAUCCUAGUGGGCUCCUCAGUGGACUACUGCCUGCACCUGGUGGAGGGCUACCUGCUAGCUGGGGAGACCUUACCAGCCACACCAGGACACACUAUGGUACGUACAACACAUAAUCUGAUAUGCACUCACUAACUGUAAGUCGCUCUGGAUAAGAGCGUCUGCUAAAUGACUAAAAUGUAAAUGUAAUGUAAUAAUCUAUAACUGGCAUAGAGGUAUUGAAUUCACUCCUUUAUACAUUCUACUGUAAGAGAGUAAAACUCAGUAAAUGAAGGAUUUGCCUCGAGAAUAUUCGGUUUACUUAAAGGUCCAAUGCAGCCAUUUUAAUCUCAAUAUCAAAUCAUUUCUGGAUAACAAUUUAGUACCUCACUGUGAUUGUUUUCAAUUAAAAUUGUUUUUUUUUAAAGAAGAAAAAAAUAGCUUCUUAGCUAAUUUCUCAAGCAAGAAUUCUGCUAGGACUGUCUGGGAGUGGUCUGAGUGGGGAGGGGAAAACUGAAAAUGUGCUGUUUUUGUCAGAGCGGUUUGGAACUCUUUCUUAUUGGUCUAUUAACUAAUUUAAUUUGGUGAUGUCACCAGGCAGGUCAAAAAACUCCAUCCCACCAAAACAGGCUGAAAUUUCAGGUGUUCUUUUCAAACAGAGCUUACACUAAAAGGGCAUUAUCAUCAUUUUCACAGUAUUAUUCCAACCUCAUAAUUUGGAAAUAUAUAACACACAGGAAAUUCACGUUUUCUGACUCCACUGGGCCUUUAAAAGUCAUCAUAUUUAAUGGAAUAAGCCUGAGGGCAAUAAUGCAUAAAGAGAAAAGACUCAUUAUAUUAAUCUGUUUUUCAUUCUCAGAACCUGUCAGCUAAAAGGCAGAGAAGGUCUCUAGAUGCAGUGAACCACGUGGGAGUUGCCAUAGUGUCCAGUGCUGUCACCACAGUGAUCUCCACAGUCCCUCUCUUUUUCUGUGUCAUUGUACCUUUUGCUAAGUUUGGCCAGAUCGUGGCCAUUAACACAGCAGUGUCCAUCUUGUUUACCCUGACUGUGACCGCAGCCAUGUUGGCCACCAUGGGCCCUGCCAACUUCCACAGGCCUCCUGGAGCUGUGUUGAAGGCCAUCCUGGCAGUACUGGGCACCAUAGCCUUUGGCACUGCCCUGUGUUGGGCAGGAGGGCUACUAGGACCAGUCACCUGGCACACAGCAGUCACCAUGUGA